AUGAAGGUAGAGGAUUAUUUAGUCAAAUCGAACAAGCCGGCAAUGGUUAUUAUCAUUUCGAAAAGUGAGCUAAUUGACGAUCCAACUUCAGGCAAGCCACUUGUUGAGAUUCUCCCACCGCCUGGCAAAGAAGUGCCCCAUACCGAAACCCCCUUCCCCAGCCGACGAAAAAAAAACCACCAAAAGAAAAAGCGAAGGAAUUUAGAAGAAAGCGGGGCGCCCUUCCAAAAAGCAGCUAAGAAGCCCAAACUUUCACGGAAAGAAAUGCGAAGAAAAUGUUUCAGUGCGCCACCUAAGGCUGAAAAGGUAUUUGAACCUACCCACCGGCUAAUCCCAGCUGCUAAGGCGGCUAAAACAGCCGUCAGCACAGUGGAGGCCACAAUGAAAUAA